GCCGUCUACCUCUGUUCCUUAGCCCAGCCACUGCUAUUGCUUGCGGGGCUGAUGGCCUGAUCUCUCUCGGAGCGAGCUUACGUUAAAUACUGAGCUGUAUAUUAGCUGCCGACAAUCUCCGUCUCGCACCCUCUUCCCGUCUAACGUACCCCAUCCAGCCUUUCGCACAGACUUACCCACCCUCAACCAUGAACAGCAACGGACACGACGACAUGGAGGCGCAAGAUAACGGUUACCCGCCCGCCUUUGACAGCAAGCGACCCGAGGGUAGUCAGAGCUCAAAGGUGCCCACCAUGGUGGCGCCUGCCAAGAUUCCCCAGACCAACCAGGAGGGCAUCAUCACGGUGCAGCCACUGAGGAGGAGCGACAUGCAGCCUUCCUACGCCCAGGACCUGGGUCUGACCGAAGUCAAGCACGGCUUCUACGGCUCGCUCAUCAACUGCCUCGGUGACACUGCCGGUGCCCUUGGCCAGUUCCCAUGCUGCCCCUGCCCCAACCCAUUCAAGCAGGUCAGGCAAGGAAGCGUCGGACUCGUGAGCCGGUUCGGCCAGUUCUACAAGAGCGUCGACCCCGGCCUGGUCAAGAUUAACCCAUGCAGCGAGUCGCUGCGCAUCGUCGAUGUCAAGAUCCAGCUCAUCACCGUGCCGCAGCAGCGCGUCACGACGCGAGACAAUGUCAGCAUCGAGCUUGACAGCGUCAUUUACUGGCACGUCUCGAACCCAUACCGGGCUGCGUACGGCAUCCAGGACAUCCACCGCUCCCUCGUCGAGCGCGCUCAGACGACGCUGAGGGACGUCGUGGGCAGCCGCACCAUCCAGUCGGUCAUUUCCGACCGCACCGAAGUGGCGCACCAGGUCGAAGAGAUACUCGAGACUGUCGCUAGCAAGUGGGGUGUCGUCGUUGAGAGCAUACUCAUCAAGGACAUCAUGUUCUCGCGCGAGCUCCAGGAGUCGCUCUCGUCGGCCGCGACGCAGCGCCGAAUCGGAGAGAGCAAGGUCAUUGCCGCAAAGGCCGAGGUCGACGCCGCCAAGCUCAUGCGCCAGGCUGCCGACAUUCUCUCGAGCCCCGCUGCGAUGCAGAUCCGCCAGCUCGAGUCGCUCCAGGCAAUGGCAAAGUCGGCGGGAAGCAAGGUCAUCUUCGUGCCCAUGAACCUCAACGACGUCAAGAGCUCCGUCCUCGCCGAUGGCACAGGCGUCUUCCACCCCGACCCUCAUGGUGUGGGCCCUUCGGUGCCGAACCCAGUCUACCAGGAGGACCCGACCAAGGACGUGGCGCGCCUGUCGCAGCUGGCUAACAUGUAGUUGCAGACUCUCGCUCUCUGAUUUCCGUGCGUGUCUCUAUAC